AUGCAACAUACGACUUGGGCAACCUCCUCAUCUACCUACCUCCAAAACCUCCUCAUCUACCUACAUCUACCUACCUCCACAACCUCCUCAUCUACCUACAUCUACCUACCUCCACACUCUACCUACCUCCACAACCUCCUCAUCUACCUACAUCUACCUACCUCCACAACCUUCUUAUCUACCUACAUCUACUACCUACCUCCACAACCUCCUCAUCUACCUACAUCUACCACCUGCCUCCACAACCUCACCACACCUCCUGCACUACCUAACCAUCUACCUACCUCCACAACAUCUACCUCAUCUACCUCCCUCACCACAUACCUACAUCUACCUACUACCUACCUUCCAACCUACAUCUACUCUACCUCAUACAACCUCAUAUACCUACCUACAUCUACCUACCUCCACAACCUCACCCUACUCUCCCUCAUCUACCUCUCCACAACCUCACCUACCACCAACCUACUUCAUCCUACCUACAUCUACCUCCUACCUACCUACAACCUCACCACAUCUACUCUACCUCCACAACCUCCCUAUCUACCUACAUCUACCUCCACAACCUCCACAACCUCCUACUUCCACAUCUACCUCCACUACCUACAUCUACCUACCUCCACAACCUCCUCAUCUACCUACAUCUACCUACCUCCACAACCUCACCACAUCUACCUACAUCUACCUACCUCCACAACCUCCUCAUCUACCUACAUCUACCUACCUCCACAACCUCACCACCUACCUACACUACCUUCCUCCACAACCUCACCACUACCUACAUCUACCACACCUCCACCUCCUCACCACCUACCUACAUCUACCUACCUCCACAACCUCACCACCUACCUACAUCUACCUACCUCCACAACCUCACCAUCUACCUACAUCUACCUACCUCCACAACCUCACCACCUACCUACAUCUACCUACCUCCACAACCUCACCAUCUACCUACAUCUACCUACCUCCACAACCUCCUCAUCUACCUACAUCUACCUACCUCCACAACCUCACCACCUACCUACAUCUACUACCCACCUCCACAACCUCCCAUCAUCCCCAAAAUGUUCAAAGUCAAUUUAA